GUUUGAUACUUUUCUUAACUAUUGUUUGACAUAAAAAAUUAUUUUUACAUUUAUUAAUUUUCUUGACUAUUAUAUUAGAGAAUUAAUUAAUUAUGGCUAGUUUAAAAUGUACCAACAAUAUUAAUCACACAUUGAUCGUGAUGGUAGGCUUACUAUUUGUAUUGACCGCGAGUGUUACUGGUGAUGAUGAGCAUGGUAAUAAUUCAGCAUCAGGGCCAGGCGGACAACUAUUGCGACGGCUAUUACAGUACAACAAUCGGCCCCUCUAUAACAUGUGCUCCAAUAGGGAUAAGGAGCGUAUGUAUCAGUGCGACCAAUACGCGGCCGAUGACUGGGAUAUCAGCGAGGUGCCUCAGGAAUACACGGGUAGGCGUUAUUGUUGCUAUCAAUGGCAGUCCCUAAAGUGUCAGCUCAAAAUUGCCAAACGCUGUGAUAACACAUAUGCCUCAUGGCUUGAGUCGGACACCGAGACCCGGAUCAAGUCCCUGUGCUAUUACCAUGGUCGGUACAGUGCCUCCUGCGCC